UGUCACGCGGGGUUAGUAAAAGUUGGGAUCGGAGCUCCACGGAGCGAGAGAGAACCACAAGACAGGCCGGCGCGCAGGCAGCCAAACCGGGCUAAACACUUUACAGCGAUUAUUCAAACGCGAGCGGGAGGCAACUCUUCUUUAUUUUAUUCUGAAAAGGAGUUGCAUACGCGACGCGGUCUACUUUCUCCGAAGUUCAAGUCUAUAUUUUUGCCAAAUUAGGAGACUUUUUUUGGGGGGGUUGGGGUUGUAAAAGAAGAAGGACAGUUUGGGUUUAUAAUACAAGAGGCACAUGAAGCAAAGUUGAAGCUCGGCUUCGUGCCACUCGGUAAAUGUGCCGUUUUCGGAGAGCGUAAACCUGCUUCGACUUUCAAGCGGCGGCGUGGGGGGCUUUCAGAGAAGAGAGACCGGAGCUGUCAAACCCGAUGACGACGGCAAACUGCCCCGGUAACGAGGAGCUGGACUUCCGACUCAUCUUCGGAGAGGACGGGCAGCAGCCGCCGUUGAGCCACGCAGAUCUGGAGCCGGAUGACACCACAUCGUUCUACAUCCUCAACGUAGGCCAGCCCCCAUCAAUGGUCACAAACCACCAGUCAAUAAACCUCCCCCGCCAUGGCAUGCAGUCACACUCCCCGCUAAUCAGCACUUCACCUCGCCUUCAAUCGCACAAACAAGGAACCGUGCACCUAAGUUAUGAAGCACAAGACUCUAAGUAUGGCACCUCUCCUUUACUCCAUUCUGCUCCAGUGGAGGCUCCGAAAGCCUUCGAGUGCCCCAGUAUUCAGAUUACUUCCAUCUCCCCAAGCUGCCAGCAGGAUAUGGAUGCCAAUGAAGAAGAUCUGAGAGCAAAUGGCCCUGAUAGGGACUACAACAGUGAGAGGCCUCUGUCCAGAGACCACCUGUAUUUGCCUCUGGACCACUCGUACCGGGACUCUUCGCUCAGUCCGAGCCCAGGCAGCAGCCUCUCAUCUAGGAGCUGGUUCUCUGACGCCUCCUCCUGUGAAUCAUUUUCCCAUGUCUACGACGAUGUUGACGCUGAGCUCAAUGAGGCCGCCGCUCGCUUUACCCUGGGCUCGCCCCUUACGUCCCCGGGCUGCGCAUCACCUCAAUCGGGCGUCGCGAACCUGGAGGAACAGCAACAUUGGCAGCACCCUCACCCCUCCUUUGUGCAGCACUCCCACUCAGCCACUCUGUCACCUCGACAGUCUCCCUGCCACUCGCCACGUACCAGUGUCACUGAUGAGAACUGGCUUAGUCCACGGCCACCUUCUCGGCCCUCCUCGCGUCCCACCUCACCCUGCGGCAAGAGGCGCCACUCCAGUGCGGACAUCUGUUAUCCUGGCUCCGUGUCGCCGCAUCACUCACCUUCACCUACGCCGGGACCUUCACCAAGGGGCAGCGUGACAGAGGACACUUGGGCUGGCAGCCCCUCUAUAGGAAUGUCACCCUUUCAGUGCUGCCAAUCAGAUGCAGACAUACCAUCUAAGACAAGGAAAACCUCACAGGACACAACAACGAUGCAACCGUCACCAAAAGGAGAGUUGGGAAUAGAUGACCAAGGAAAUGUUCCUCCUAAUCUAGACUCUCCCUCAGAAGAGGCCCUUCACAGCCAUAAGAAGGAUGGGCCUGGAGAACAGUUCCUCUCUGUGCCCUCCCAUUUUCCAUGGAAUAAACCCAAACCUGGACACACACCUAUAUUCAGGACCUCGUCACUCCCUCCCCUAGACUGGCCACUGCCAAGUCAGUUUGGCCAGUAUGAAUUGACGAUUGAAGUGCAGCCCAAAGCACACCACCGAGCGCACUACGAAACAGAGGGCAGCAGAGGAGCUGUCAAAGCUGCGUCAAGUGGCCAUCCCAUUGUCAAGCUGGUUGGCUACAGCGAGAAGCCUGUCAACCUGCAGAUGUUCAUUGGAACAGCAGAUGACCGUUACUUGAGGCCACACGCCUUUUACCAAGUGCACCGAAUCACUGGGAAAACCGUGGCCACGGCCAGCCAGGAAAUUGUGAUCACUAGCACCAAAGUUCUCGAAAUUCCUCUCCUGCCUGAAAACAACAUGUCAGCCAGUAUCGACUGUGCGGGCAUCCUCAAGCUACGGAACUCCGACAUUGAACUGCGGAAGGGGGAGACGGACAUAGGAAGGAAGAACACGCGGGUACGGGUGGUGUUCCGUGUUCACAUCCCUCAACCGAACGGGAAGGUUCUGUCUUUGCAAGUUGCCUCCAUUCCUGUGGAAUGCUCCCAGCGUUCGGCACAAGAACUGCCCCAGGUUGACAAAUCCAGCCUGUCCAGUUGUCUGGUCAGUGGUGGAGAAGAGAUGGCCAUCACUGGGAACAACUUCUUUCCAGAGUCCAAGGUCAUCUUCAUGGAGAAAGGCCCUGAUGGGCGGCCACAGUGGGAAGUGGAGGCCAAAAUCAUCCGGGAGAAAACUCAAGGCUCAUGUAUUGUGGUGGAAGUACCCCCUUACCACAGUAAGGCUGUAAGCUCAGCUGUGCAGGUACAGUUUUAUGUCUGCAAUGGAAAACGGAAACGGAGCCAAUCCCAACGCUUUACUUACCUUUCAGUAAUGGUGAAACAGGAGCACCGUGAUGAGCUGGACCAUCCCGCUGUUCCUGCCUUGUCAAUGCCCCUGACACAGGCUGCCAGUCUGGUGCGCCCUCAGCUGCCUUCCCCCGAUCAGGGCCACCCAUCGGAUAACCUUCUGUCAACCUCACCACAUGGCCUGGCCUCAGGCUCAGGACCUGUCCUGCUGCCCCUGCAGUCUCCCUGCUCCUCCAUUGGCUCCCCACCUUUCCAGCACCUGCCUCACCUCCAGGGUCGCAGUUUGCACCAUGCCCCCGCCGAUUUCCACAUGACGUUUCAGCCGAGCUCCUCGCCUGUUCCCCUUCCAGCUUCCUCCUCGCCCGCGCUGCACUCGUACCAGGCCAUGCAGCGCAACCAGAGUCACGCUCACAGCCUGUCCUUCAACGGCCAGUCCAGUCUUUCUCCUCAGAGCUAUGACAGGAUGCCUUUCCAGCAAAGUCCAAGUGCUGCGUCACACCCACUGAGCAUGGGGAUGGUGUACUCCUCCUCCCCCUGCUCCUCACCGUCAACGCCCGUGUCGUCAUGCCCCAUCGCGGGUUCUCCACAGAGUCACCAACCUGUUCUCGCACCCUCGUCCCCGCACCUCCACACGCUAGGAGGCUACCACUGCUCCCCAAACCCCGCUCAGGUGCCCUCUCCUACCGGCCACCCUCUCGUGGGGCCCCACUCUACCCAGCUGCAAAGAGCUAUGGCCUACCACCCAGUGGGUCAACGCUCAGCCUCCUGCCCCACGCCAUCCACUGCCCCUCCUCCACAUAUGAUCCCGUCUGCCCACUCUGGGCCUUCUUCACCUCAGCUCCACUCACUGCCCUACCAGUCUCCUACGUCCUCUUCGCCGGGAAACAGUCCCUUAGGUCCCUUGCAGCAUCCACAUUCAGGACAGCCUUCUCCUCAGGCGCCUAGCCCGGUCAUGGCCAGCUUGUCCCCCACUGCAGGGCCUUUGGUACACCCGCUAAGUCCCCAGGGCCCCUUCACAUCAGAGGGCGAGAGGCUGAACAUCAAAGAGGAACCAGAGGAUAAGGAGCCUACCUUCCGUUCCAUUGGCCUACAAGACAUCACGUUAGAUGAUGUCAACGAGAUCAUCGGGCGAGACAUGUCGCAGUCGCCGAGCGCUCGCGGCCCGGCCCGAACAGCCCACAGCACGCACUCGUAGCUCAACGCAGACUACAACUCCCACAGUGCAACAACCGGCAAGACAGCUCGAUGUACUGUACACCAAAAUCAUCAUUUGUGAUUUGUUUUUUUAAACAAAUCACCUAUUUUUGGAAUGAUCAAAGCAUGAUCCCAGCAAGAAGAUAAAGAGGCUCAACAUUCCACAACUGUCACCUGUACAUCUCUGGAAGCAUGGUCUCUGUCAUCACUUACACCCCUGCUGGAAACACUGAUAACUGCCUUAUCAAUGAUUAAUAAGUUUGUAGUCAACCCUCCCUUUUUGCAGGGGAUAAGGACUGACCCCUGCCACCAAAAGCAAAAAUCUGUGAGUUGAAAUUCAAGUUGACUUAAAAAAAAAAAAAAAAAGGUUUGUAAUUGUCUAUAGAAGCCACAAGAUGGCGUCAAUGCAAUAUUUUUAUAUUGGUGGGUUUGCUUAAGCACUAAAAUAGGAAAUCGCAAGUAUGACUUUCAGGGGAGGGGGGGGAGGGGUCGGUGAAUUUGCAAAGGCUGAACCAUGAAUAUAUAGGUGUUGACUGUAUUACCAGCUUUAUUAUAUUUACCAGUGUAGCAGCAAAUGGCAGAAAAGUCCCCUUUCCCCAGAAAUACAUUCAAAUCUUCAGAGACGCCAUUUUUCUUACUAUUAGACAAGAUGACUCCUCUUUUCUGUGCAAUAAAUAGUAAAAAAAAAUAAAAACCAUAGACUUCACUAUCAGUUGACAGGACACGGGGCAAUCCGUUGGUGGCCUAUUUUUAAAAACUUAUUUCAAAACCAAAGCCCCUAUCAACGUAAAACCAAAACAGGCACCUCCCUUAGGUAUAUAUGAGCAGCGGCAUUAAAAAAAAAAUUCAAAGUCGUUCCAUAAUAAAAUCCGGUGUUCUGCCAAAAUCUGCUACAUCGGCGAAACGUCCUACAUGAGUCGAAUUUGACACCCAAAGUACUACCGUGCGCUCUAAACUUGUUUUGUUUGAAUGCAUACGGGCAGAACGUACUAAAAAAUGCCUUAAGAAAAUACUUAAAUGUAGCUAUAUCAAAUAAGGACGGUUUUAAUUAAAGAUGAUGCCGAUCGAUCGGGUCCGAUCACGUCAUUUUCAAAGUAUCGGAAUCGGCAAAAAAAUAUCUAACAUGCCUUUUUUAAAUAUAUAUAUAUUUUUUAAUUAAAUCGUUUUCUAAUUGUAUUUCAUGUUACAGACAAAAUGUCUUACACUCAUUCAGAGUCUUUAGUUUUGGCUUAAAGUAGGCCUGUCAAAUUUAUCGCGUUAACGGCGGUAAUUUUUAAAAAAUUAAUCACGUUAAAAUAUUUAAUGCAAUUAACGCAUGCGCUGCACGACCCACUCACGCAUUGUCGCGUUCAAUCCAUAAAGGCGCCGUUUUACCUAUAUAUAGAGCUAAAAGGCAGCGUAAAAUGAGUAGAAUGAAUUUAGGCAGUCUUUGGAGCCUUUAUUUAAUUGGCUAAAGCCUUAAAAUCCCCCUCUCAACGAUUAAAAAUAUCGUGGGAAGCAAUGUGGGGAAGAAAGGUAGUAGUUGAUCUUUUUCUUAAUACCAUAUGUUAUUUCCCAACACAUAUAUCAAUUGGUGUCACUACGCACAGUCAUGGUUGCACUUCCCAUCAUGCAUUUGGGCAGAACAAUUAAAUGGCUACAGUAUCAUUUACUGAAAGCUCAACAAAUACACUAGAUGGCAAUAUUUAGUCACAAUAUACAAAGUCAUAUUUAUCCUUUAAGAAUUACAAGUCUUUCUAUCUGUGGAUCCCUCUCACAGAAAGAAUGUUAAUAAUGUAAAUGCCAUCUUGAGGAUUUAUUGUCGUAAUAAAUACAGUACUUACGUACUGUAUGUUGAAUGUAUAUAUUCGUCCGAGUUUUAUUCGUUUUUUUCUUAAUGCAUUGCCAAAAUUUAUAUGAUCGGGGAAAAUUAUCGGGAAUGAUUGGAAUUUAAUCGGGAGCAAAAAAAAAAAAAAAGCAAUCGGAUCGGGAAAUAUCGGGAUCGGCAGAUACUCAAACUAAAACGAUCGGAUCAGGAGCAAAAAAACAUGAUCGGAACAACCCCAGUUUAAAUACGCUACUUGACUAAUGUGGUCAACUGCUUCAAAGCUAACACAGAAAAACACAAUGGUUAAAUGUAGGAUAGGGUAAUACAUGUAAAAAGUAUUUUUGAGGCAAUGAAAAGGUACUAAAAAACGAAAUAAAAACAAAAAUAGUGAGUACUCGCCACUUCUAACCGAUGUGCGCAUGCGUAUGGAUGCUUGCGCAAGCGUGCUGAGCAUUGUGUAGACGUUUUGCCGCGUUUUAGGAAUGGCGGAACACCGGAUUAUAUUUUAUAUAACAAAAUUUAAAAUGGCUGUAAAAUAAUCAGAUUUUACGCUAGAUGCACAAAAAUCACCGAAUGCAAAGAUAAUCACCUAUAUUUUCAGGAUCAAUAGCAAUAGCUAACAUAUCAUAUAAGUUUUUGCCAGAAAUAGCAACUUAAAUGUCAUGUGUAGACAUACAAAAUCCAACAUGGCGGCCGUCACGAAACAAAGAGCUUUUUAAGUUGAAAAUUCUUGUAAAUAAAUGCUUAAACGGCAGAAAAUUUCUAUAGAUAUGAAUGUAAAACAGUGUAGAUUCUUGGUUAAAAGCAAAAACUGGCAGUUAUCGUUUAUUAAAUGUAAAUAUUUCAAGCAAAAGUUACUGUAUUGUGCAAUCCAAAAUGGCGGCCGUCACGAAACAGCGAUUUUUAAGUUGAAAAUGUUAUAAAUGUUUAAAUCGUGAAUUUUUAUAGAUAUGAACCUAAAGCAGUCUAGAUCCUUGACUAAAAGAAAAAAAAAAAAAAAAAAAAAAAAAAAAAAAACAGGCAGUUACCAUUCAUUUUACGUAAAUAUUUCAAGCAAAAGUUGUGGUAUAGUAUAAUCCAACAUGGCAGCCGUUACAAAACAAAGAGCGUUUUAAGCUGAAAGUUCUUGUAAAUAAAUGCUUGAAUCGCUGAAUUUCUACAGAUUUGAACGUGAAACAGUUUAGAUCCUUGGAUAAAAGCAAAAAACAGGCAGUUAUCGUUCAUUUUAAGUAAAUAUUUCAAGCAAAAGUUACGGUUUUGUGUAAUACAACAUGGCGGCCGUCAUGAAACAGAGCUUUUUAAGUUGAAAAUUGUGUUAAUAAAUGCUUAAAUUGCGGGAUUCCUAUAGAUAUGACCGUAAAACAGUCUAUUCUUGGUUAAAAGCAAAAAACGGGCAGUUAUCAUUCAUUUUUCGUAAAUAUUUCAAGCCAAAGUUACGGAAUUGUGUAAUCCAACAUGGCGGCCGUCACGAAACAAAGAGCUCUUUAAGUUGAAAUGUUUUGUAAAUAAAUGCUUAUAUCGCGAAUUUUUAUAGAUAUUAACCUAAUACAGUCUAGAAUCUUGGUUAAAAGUAAAAAACAGGCAGUUAUUUUUCAUUUUACGUAAAUAUUUCAAGCCAAAGUUACGGUAUUGUCUAAUCCAACAUGACGGACGUCACGAAACAAAAAGCUUUUUAAGUUGAAAAUUCUUGUAAAAAAAUGCUUAAAUCGUGGAAUUUUUAUAAAUAUGAACGUAAAACAGUCUAGAAUCUUAAUUAAAAGCAAAAAAAAAAAGGCAGUUAUCGUUCAUUUUACGAAAAAAAGUCCAAGCAAAAGUUACAGUAUUGUAUAAUCCAACAUGGCGGCCGUCACGAAACAGAGAGAUCUUUAAGUUGAAAUGUUUUGUAAAUAAAUGCUUAAAUCGCGAAUUUUUAUAGAUAUUAACCUAAUACAGUCUAGAAUCUUGGUUAAAAAACAGGCAGUUAUUGUUCAUUUUACGUAAAUAUUUCAAGCCAAAGUUACGGUAUUGUGUAAUCCAACAUGACGGGCGUCACGAAACAAAAAGCUUUUUAAGUUGAAAAUUCUUGUAAAUAAAUGCUUAAAUCGUGGAAUUUUUAUGAAUAUGAACGUAAAACGGUCUAGAUUCUUGAUUAGAAGCAAAAAAAAAAAAAAGGCAGUUAUUGUUCAUUUUACGAAAAAAAUUCCAAGCAAAAGUUACAAUAUUGUCUAAUCCAACAUGGCGGCCGUCACGAAACAAAGAGCUUUUUAAGUUGAAAAUUCUUGUAAAUAAAUGCUUAAAUGGCGGAAUUUCUAUAGAUAUGAAUGUAAAACAGUCUAGAUUCUUUUUGAAAAGCAAAAAACGGACAGUUAUUAUUCAUUUUACGUAAAUAUUUCAAGCCAAAGUUACACUAAUUUUAUCCAUUAAUAUUUUUUCACGUUUCAAAGUGCAAGCAUGGUGCUAUUUAAUAAUUACCUUGAAUCCUGUAAAAAUCCAGUAAAAUCUUUGUCCUGUUUCCACCUAAAUCCGGCAUUAGAACGCAGGAUGUUUGCGUUUAUCACAGUGAAAGCUACCUCAACGUUCUACGGUACGGCUUGGCGCAAUGUCUGUGGGAGCUGUCUAGUCAAAUGAUGGUGGAGUCUAUGAUAAAUACGAUCCCCCCAGUGUGCCUUGUUUGCAACAAGGCAAACUCAAGUAUUUUAUCAUACAGUAGGCCAUGAAAUUUAGUAAUAAAAAAACUUUUAAAAAAUAAAAAUAAACGCAGCAAUAACGCUCAAAUUGGACCAUUUUUUUCCUCCCGUCAGCCUUAUGAUGACGAGUCUAUGCAUUCACCUCCAGCCUAAUAAGCUUUCACAAGCACGAAACAAGGCUGUUGCGAGAGGGUGGGCAACUUGUGGCAUCGCGGGCCUUACACGAUCCAGCCUAUGCAAAUAAAUACAACGUAGGAGUUAUUAUAACUUCAUAGCAGAAGAAUGAUUCAUUAAAAAAAAAUAUAUAUAUAUAUAUAUAUAUAUAAAAUGCCUUAACUCAUUUUUGUCAGUGUAUGUGCGCCAUUUUUUUUUCAAGGUGGGACAAAGUGUUGUUUUUAAAGCUUCAAAACAAAUCGAGAAACGGUGACAACCAAAGAGCGAACAAUAAAAUGUGUUCCCACUUGACACAAAAAGACUGUACUCAACUCUAUUUUUGAUACUUUUGUCAAAUGGAUGUCAUUCCUAUUAAAAAAAGAGGUUGGAGGCAUAUACUGUAUGAGUGUCGAAUGCUAUAUAUAUGACAAAUAAAAAGGACAACACGUAUAUGACAAAGUUAACAGCCUUUGCAGCUUUUUUUUUUCUUUCAUGUUACCCGUCUGUAUACGAACUUUGUACAGAAAUUACAUUUAAAAAAACAAAAGGGGAAAUGCAGGUUUAGCUGAUGUUUACCAAGCCUUGUAUUGUGAACUGUUGUAUAUUUUGUAUGUUAACGGUUUUGUUUUGUUUUUGUAAUUUUGAUGACUGCAGUGCUUUUGGAAAUUAUUCAAAGGGAAUAACUUGCAUCAUGCUUUAGGUUUCCAAAGUAGUGACUAUCAAUAAAAUCAAUGAAAAAAUAAAUAAAUAAAAGAUUUUCCUUGGACUAUUAUUUUCCCCACGACCUUUCUUUGCAUUUUAAAGGAGCAAUACGUCAGAGCUGCAUUUCAGUUACUCAUUAAUUUGCCUGAAUUUUUCAAUAGACAUUAGGCCUGAACGAUAUUGGAAAAAACUAUCAUUACGAUUUUUGGGAGGGUUUGCGAUAUAUUGUGAUUAGUGCUACAAUGAUUAAUCGAUUAACUCGAGUAUUUCGACUAGAAAUAAAGAUUCAAAUAAAAUUUUGCUGCUUCGAGUAUUCGUUUCAUUAAAGUGGCAUUGUAAUGGUUUGUUUUGAAAGUGUUUGCGUUUAGUUUUAUUGAUUUGGGUGGAUACACUGCCCUCUAGUCUGCCUCAUUUCAAGUGGCUGAAUCCAGCUGCUCCCUGUUAAGACCAACAUAAACUAACUUUUUGUUUGAGCUAAUGUUUAAUGCAUUCGUAAAGUAUACUUAGACGGUUUUUGUUGGGAAUAUGUGUCUGAACCAUUUGUUAAGAGCAUUGUAUAAUAAAAAAAUAAAAAUUAGCGUUUUAUAGCAUUUAAGCUAGCAGACUUGUGCCUCUAGUGGCGACAGUGAAUUUGACAUAACUCAUUUCAUUUGGCCAAAUCCAGUUGAUCCCUGUUAAGACCAACAUAACAUUGGUGUGUGAAUGUGUGCGUGAACGGGUAAAUGUGUGCUAAUGUAAAGCACUUUGGGCAUGGUAACCAUGCAGAUAAAUGCGCAAUAUAAGUACUGUCCAUUUACCAUAAGUUUUUGUUUGAGCUAAUGGUUUUUAAUGUAUUCGUAAUCUAGUUUAUAGGUAUAUUUAGCAGUUUUUUUGUGGGAAUAUGCGUACUUUUGCUAUGUAACUUCACCAAUUGUUCUUUUGUUGCACUUUGAUCCUCAUUUACAUUUGUUAUACCUCAGCUCAGGUAGUUUUCAUAUUUUAUGUUCCUUAUCCGGUUACUCGAUUAUUCGAACUAACUAGUUCAUCGAUUAAUCGACUACUAAAAUAAUCGAUAGCUGCAGCCCUAAUUGCUAUAUCAUAUUACGAUAUUAAAACGAGAAGAAAUUCCACCACAUAACUUGAAUAACUCCGUUUGGGAUAGGCCUGAACGAUAUUAGAAAAAAUUAACAUUGCGAUAUAUAUUGCCAAAGCUCCACACUUGCUUUUCCUUUUUCUUAAGGUGCACCAGCAUAAACUUUGAUGGUCACGGUGCUGAGAACAGCCUCUCACUUACACAAUGAAUGACUGGCACAGCACACUUCAGAGUGGGCUGCAAGUUUAACGAUGAUUAACACAUUUGUGCCUUUGAUCGUAGAGUUAUCAAGGCUUCUCGGGCCAGAUCAAAGUUCUAAACCUGUCAAUCAUCGUUUAGUACCAAUAAAAAUGGUUUUUAAGCACUUCAAAUAUAAUAAUUAUGAUGUUUUAAACAUUUGAAUGUACCAUUGAAGUAUUUUUAAACAGGAAUAAGGAAGAAAAAUGUGUGGCUUUAUUAAAUGCUUUAUUGAGAGUCCACUCAAAUCCAAAGCUGCUCACUUACACACAAUGAGUUGCCACAGCAACUGUUUAACAAGUUAAACGAUGAUUGACGCAUGCGGCACUUUGACGCUCGGUUUUCUGGCAACAUUGAACAUCAACGUCUGUCAAUCAUUAACUUUAAAGUGCAUACGACAGGAGAAAAAAAAAAAGUUAAA